GGCGGCGGUGGCGGCGGCGGUGGCGGCGGCGGUGGCGGCGGUCCAGUUAAACAAGUACAAAUCCAAAUCGACGCGUCAGGUCAUACGCACAGCGUGAGUGGCUCACAAGCUCCCUUUCACACUGCAUGCGAUGGCUGGAAGCCCAUACCGGCACCAUCUGGCUCCUACGUAGAGGGCAACAACAUCGACACUCAAUCCGGUUAUAGUCAAGUCGCUCAGGGUAACUUCGGUACACAGUAUAGUGGUGGGGCAGGUGUAUCUGGCGGAGGUGUCGGUGCAACUGGCAGUGGUGGCAACGUUCUUGAUGGACUGACGGAUGCACAACUGGUUGCAGUAGCACUACAAUCGGGUGACUUCGAUACACACAUACGCGGCCCUGAGCUCCCACCAUCUGGGCCAGCAGGUGACUUUAAGCAACAAAACAUCAAUUCAAUUGAAACUGACGCACUACAGGUUUCUCUUGGCGUCGGUGAUGAUUCGUACAGCAAACCACCGCUAGACUCCUUCGCUCCCGGCUCAAUUCAUGCGCAGAAAUACAACAGCAUUGGUGGUAAUGGCGCACCACCUCCACCCAGUGGUAAUUAUGGCCCACCUUCGCCAGUGAACAGCUAUGGUCCACCACCCAGCGGUAACUAUUUGCCGCCACCAAGUGGAAAUUACGGACCGCCACCACCAGCCAGUGAUAAUUAUGGUCCACCACCGCCACAAGCUACUGGCGGUCGUUUUGUACAAGAACAGCAUUCGUCAUCUUCCUCUUCCUCCUCAUCCCACGUUGGCCUCCAAUAUGGUUCACAGUCUGGUAAUGUACUUAAUGUUCCAACGCACGGUGCUUCGCAACCCAGCCGUCCGGUGGCCUUCCGUCCGCCCGUGCCUCAGGGUCUACUCGAGUCGAUUGGCGCCACAGUACAGCAUUUGGAUCAGUUUGGAGUGAAACCACCUACCCAGUCACCCACAUACAUUCCACCCGCUGCUAAUGAAAUUGCCGAACAGGGGUCUGGUAAUCUUGGUCCUGAUUAUGUGCCGCCUCCACCGCCUGCGCAAGUAAACAUUCCACUCGGCGUGAUUGAGCAACAGUUGCCGCAAGAGCAACCGCCUCGGGUCUUCGCACAGGAACAACAUGGCAACUCACUAAACCAAUACGGCCCACCCUUGUCACCACCUCCACCACAGCAACAGUAUCUGCCGCCACCACCACCACCACCACCACAGCAAGAGCAACAACAACAUGGCCGCCCCUUCCCACCACCACCAUCCCAACAAUACCUACCCCCUCCUCAAACUGGCCCAGUGACAUUCGAACAGCAAAAUAGUGCCGCUUCAAGCUCUAACUUCGAAAGCGCCUAUGCCUCUUCGCAGCAAAACGAACAGUUCAUUCAUGCGCAGGGCUUACCACUACUGCAAGAACCCCGCUUCGCACAAGUGCACGAUUGCGGCCAAGGGCCAAAUCUAGUCGGCGCAGGCUAUCAAUUGCAGCAACAAAACCAGUACCAGCAGCAACAGCAACAGCAAUUCCAGCAGCAGCAUGCACAACAAUAUUCGGCCUCCAACUCAAUCUCUAGCACUUCAUCAAAUGCAUACAACGCCAUUUCACAAAGCAUUCCUGUGGCCGAGCAGCAUACGCAAUUCCUCGAACAAGAGCCAGCAGACAGCUACGGAUUACCGCAGUCGGGUAACGACAUCGAUCACGACUACGAUGCCUAUGCGUCACAGAAGUCUGCAGUGGCCGCUUUGCCAGACGGCACCGACCCACAAGAUCUACCCGGCCUCGAUGGGCUCAAUGUGAUUUCAGCACAAAAAUCACAGUCUAUACAGCUCUCACCCGAGCAGGUAAGUGGCGCAUUAAUGGUAAUACAGCUCAGCUCGACCAUACAUUUAAUACCCACACAGUUGAGUGAGUUGGUACGCUACACUGCUUAG